UGGGGGGAAUCAGCUGACUUCGCGGCGUCGGAUCGAGGAACGGUCAGCGGCGGAGGGGCCUGAGGGAGGUGCCAUGGCGACCACUGUGAGCACUCAGCGGGGCCCGGUGUAUAUUGGUGAACUUCCUCAGGAUUUCCUUCGCAUCACCCCAACACAACAACAGCAGCAGAUCCAACUGGAUGCUCAAGCAGCUCAACAGUUACAAUACGGAGGAGCAAUGGGUACUGUUGGGAGACUGAGCAUCACUGUAGUGCAGGCAAAAUUGGCAAAGAACUACGGCAUGACACGCAUGGAUCCAUACUGCAGAAUACGACUUGGCUAUGCAGUUUAUGAAACACCUACAGCUCAUAAUGGAGCCAAAAAUCCCCGAUGGAACAAAGUUAUUCAAUGCACUGUUCCUCCUGGGGUGGAUUCUUUCUAUCUUGAAAUAUUUGAUGAGCGAGCAUUUUCAAUGGAUGAUCGCAUUGCUUGGACGCACAUUACUGUUCCUGAAUCAUUGAAACAAGGAAAAGUAGAAGAUGAAUGGUAUAGCCUAAGUGGAAGGCAGGGAGAUGACAAAGAAGGAAUGAUUAAUCUGGUCAUGUCAUAUACGUCCUUACCAGCUGCUAUGAUGAUGCAGCCCCAGCCAGUGGUCCUGAUGCCCACCGUGUAUCAACAAGGAGUUGGAUAUGUGCCUAUAACAGGGCUUGAAUACUUUGCUCUGGGAAUGCCUGCCGUUUGCAAUCCAGGCAUGGUACCUGUGGCAAUUCCACCUCCUGCAGUCAACCCUCAGCAUGUGUGUAAUGAAGAGGAUCUAAAAUCGAUCCAGGACAUGUUCCCCAACAUGGACAGAGAAGUAAUCCGUUCCGUACUAGAAGCCCAGAGAGGAAACAAGGAUGCUGCUAUCAAUUCCCUGCUUCAAAUCGCAGAGGAAUCAUAGAUCCUUCUGCACAUUCCCCAUCUUCAUUGUUACCAUUACUUUUGAUUUGCCAAGCCAGGGAUUUAGCUAGACGAAGAACUUCCUGAAAAAGCAUCCUAUGUGAGAGAUUGUGUUCCCUUUUCGUUGGUGGUGAUUUUUGGGACAUUUGCACAUUUGUUUUUACAUAUGAUCUAUAGAAACUUCAGUCAUUUUUAUGAAUAUCAAUUCUGCCGUGUAUGGCUACAUUUCUGUUUGAGAGGUGGAGUUAGGGUAUCUAUGCUGCUUCCCCCCCUUUCUUCCCUCAUUUUGGAAAACACACACACACAGUUUCAACACUAUGCACUAUAGGAUCAGGGGGAGGAAGUAUAGGUUGAGGGAUGAUGGGGACGGGGGGGACUUCUGUUCUAUAGAGUGCUUUUAUUAAAAAUGAUUUUGGUCUGUCUUAAUAAAUGACUCAGUGAGAGACAGAAAUUGAUUACACAGCUUGUUCAGUGAUAUCUGAACUUUGCAGCAAUUUGUAAUGCUUCAUAGUGUAGACAAACUGGCUUUCCUGUAACUUUUCCAUUCAUUCUAAUGAGAGAUCCCCUUGGUCGACCUGUUAAUUGGGCACCAAUGCAAUGUUUUCCUUUGUUUAGAGGCAACUGCUCUGAUGUGUUGCUGUACUUCUGAAAUCUGCCAUUACUACUUUCUCAGGAAACAGCAUCAUAUGGCAGGGGAACAUGUUAAUGUGCUUUUGCGUUUGCACUGUUUUUACUUUUGCAUUUGUGAGACAUUCAAAAAGAUUUAAACAGACGUACCUUGGAAAUUCGGCAUCACAAUUUGAUAGACUUCCUUGUGGAUCAGUUUGUCAUAACAGUAAUAAUGCUUUGAGAAGAAAACCGCUUCAUUCACCUGUAUGGAAGAAACCUAUUUUUACCCUUUUAGUGAAGAAAUUUACUUUCAAGGCAUAACUUUUCAGUAGAAUUUACACUGUAAUGAUUUAUUGGGUAUCAGUUGAGCAUAAUUCCAUCCACCCUGAGGCAUAUGAAAGAAUCCAUUUAACAAAUGAGACAAACCAAACUUUAAAAUACAAUCCCAAUAUAUCGGAAGAGAAGAUUUGUACAUAUUCAUUGUGUAUUGUUAUACCUGUUGAACUUUAGGUGAUGGCAAAUGGUAUAUGUUUAAUUAGUUUAUUUCUUGUUUGUUUGAAAAAAGCAGAUUAAUGCACUUUAAUAUGCACAUUUUUCUUAUAAUGUGCAGUUUGGCUUUUUGAUGGUUUUAAACAUUUUAAAGUUCAUUCUAUAAUUGCUAGCCAUACUUUAUACUUCCUCAUGUGUUUGAAUACAAUACAGACUUUUAAUUUGGCUGUCUUUUUCUUCAUUUUUUUUGCUUUGAAAGAAAAGAUAUCAUGUUCCCUGUUCUUUAUAUAUUUUUUUCCUUUUUGCUCCUCUCCCUCAACCAUUAGAAAAUAUUCACUAAAAUUCAUCAUAUCACCAUGAAUUCUCCUGGCACAGCCAGGUAUAGUUAAAAUAUUUAUUUUUUUAAUUACUAAAGUAAAGGUGGGGAAAUUUUAAAUACUGUACCAAAAAUGUGUGUUUUCGUUCUAUUGAAUGUUGGUUAAAUUGACUGUCUUGCUUCCUUCUUCUUAUUUUUUUUUAGCAGACUGUAUUUGUGAGCACCAAUUCCAUCCUCUGCUCCCUCCUCCUUCUGUUGUUUUUAAAUUGAUGGAUACAGUAUACUGCAAUGUGUUUAAAUUUUUUGCAACAUUCUUUAGAAGAAGUCUCUAUCAGAAAAUUAGCUUCAUUCCUUUUUCCAUACUCUACAGGACUUAGUUUACUGUUAAUGUCAGACAUUUCUCAGUAGCAUCAGAGCACAGUUAAUUUCUGUGUCAUUUGUGAGCUAAUAUCUUUAACAGUAAUAUUACUCAGAAAUUACUCAAAAGUCUGGAAAAAUAAUUUGUUCUUUCAAAAAAUCUGCAGUGUGGGCUGCAUAAUUUACAGAAAGUGUACAUGCACUUCUAGAUUUUGGAACUUACUCUGAAAAAGUCAGUGGGGAUGGUUUGAAAAGGUUGCCUAUACUUUAGGGAUGGCAUAAAAUAGUAUGCUAGAUGCUUUUGGAGCUGAAUUGUAAACACAUUAGAUUGAAUCCAGAGUUUUAUUGUGCUUGUGAGAGCAUCCAUGAACAGAGUUCAACUCAGAAUGUUUUCACUGGCAGAAAAGGGAGAAGGCAUUUUUUGCUCAUUUCUCCCUCCCUUUGCCAUCCCUAGCACAACCUCCCCCAUUAUUCUGGAGGGUCCCACAAACUUGCAGAGCAGUGUUUUGGGGAACAUGGGCGACUGCAGAGGACAGGGAAAAUUUCCAGAGCAGGAAAGCAAUCACUUCCUUUCCUGUUCAUCUGGAUCAAAAGUCUUUGACUUGACAGAAGGAGCACUUCUGUCCACUGGAGGUUUUGGCUGGAUCCAAUCCAUUGAAAACAGUUGAGAAUGCACUUUCACAAUCAAGGUUGGGAUGGAAAAUGGGAAUGUUAAGACUAAAUUCAGUUUCUGGAAGUUCCCAGGAACUGAGGCCUGUGUAUAGCUUGAGAGGUUCUAGUAGUGGUUAUUAAGCUGCUUUUUAUGUACAGUAGAGAGGAGAGAACCUUUGUAGAUCAUCAACAGUAAAUAUGGUAAAAUUCGCUAUUAACAUUUUCCUCUGUCAUAAUGCAGAAAAAUGACAAUACACAAUCCUUUAUUAAAUUAAUAUCCAGCUUUCACUUACAGUGUAUUACUUACAGUGUAUUUGUCAUUAAAAUAAAAAGGGCAAUUGCAAGCAUUUUUACAGUUCUGCAAGCAUAUCUUUUCUUGAUAGCUCCUUGGAUGUACCCUAAUCCUACAAACAUGUAUUUGGAAGUAAUCCCUGCGGAUUGCAAUAAAAUCAGCCUCCAAAUAAGUGUGAAUAAAAUCAGGGUAGAAGUUAGUCAUGUGCAGAACUGAACUGAGCUAGUCACCGGUCACUUAAACUAAAUGCUGUGCAGCGCACAAGUCUUAAUACUGUUUCUCAUAUGCUCCAUUUUACAGAACACCGUGUUCAGCUUUGUGCAUCUCUUACAGCUUUCCUCCACAGCCCAGAAGCUGCUGUGGAACUCUGCUGAAGUUCAAACCUGCCAAGGGUCUGUGAGUGGUUAAAUCCAGGAAUAUUUUUAUCUAGCUAGAUGCUUGCCACCUUCUUCUCUACAGCUGUUUGAGUGUGUGCUGAUGGUUCUAAGUGUUUCCCAUCACAGAUAUUAUUGCUUGUAUUGGCUGACCUGUAAUACUGUAUAGAGGAUGUUUUGCUGUAAUAAUUCUGAAGACAUUGUUUUUUUACUGUAUUGAGGUCCAGACAUUUGUCUCUAGCAUUAUAAAGUCUUUUUUCCCAUUCUAUCUAAUUUAAUAAAUGUAUACCAAACCAUGUAAAA